AUGGACCAAUACUCUUCAAAGACCCCGGCCAGCGUGCCACCUUUGAGUUCGAUCACCACUUUGGGCAGCCUUUCGUACGCCGAUGCGUCGUCAGCGACGGGAACACUAUCAGUCAAGAUAGAGAUCCAGGGCAACAUCGACAAAGGCUUCUUCCAGUCUGAUUGCGAAUGGACGUGCUACAGGCGUAAUUACUUCUCUUGCAUCUGUUCUUACAGCCUGUCACCAUACUAUCCUUCCCAGCCUUUGCAAUUUCAGCAACUCGGCUCCAAGCAGCCACUCACCGUCUUCGGAUUUGCCAUGUCAAUUUCGGCGGUCGUUGCCGAUAAUGACAGCCACACCAUCGAACUUGUUCAGCAUACGCCGAAACGAGACAAGGGACCUAUUGCGAAGCCUGAUAAGGUUCGUCUCGUGCCAAAGCCGCCGCAGCCUGUUCACCAUCCUCUCGGGCUGUACGCACAUGAUUCAGGGAUGGGAGGGCCAUCAAGAAUGGGGUAUCCGGACGCUUUUAGCGGCGGCCAUCCUGCAGGCGAUGCAUACCAGAACGAGCAUACCUUUGAGAGAAUCCAGUUCAAGCAGGCCACGGCGAAUAAUGGGAAAAGACGAGCUGCGCAGCAGUACUACCACCUCGUCAUUGAGCUCUGGGCAGACGUCGGCUCACAAGCAGCCGAGAAAUUUGUCAGGGUUGCUUAUCGGAAGUCAGCAAAGAUGAUCGUGCGGGGCCGGUCCCCCGGGCAUUACCAAGGAGAAAGACGCGGAAGCACGAGCAGUGGACCGGGCGGUUCUGGGGGGAGCAUGGGCGGGUUCAGUGGCGGACCGAUGAUUCCUCCCGAAUUCCCACCUUCCGGGCCGUCGAUGGGCCCAGCAUACGGUAACCACUUUGAACCGAGGGGAGGGAUGAGCAGUUUUGGACCAGCACGCCAUCACCACGAAAUGGCGUACGAGCCCAUGAUCCCCCAUGAGGAUAUCAAGCCCCUUGACACAACAAAGGGAUACCAGUAUUACCCAGGACCGAUGUAUGAGGGGCCGCACGGCGAAAAGGGUGGUAUCGACGUGUUUCACCCACACCGAAAUGGACAUGAAGGCGCCUUGCCCCAUAUGGCAGCCAGCCUCGAGCCACCACACGACAGAUUCAAGAGGGAUCCCGAGGCGGACAUGCUAUCGGGUCGAUUCAUGCCUGGGCCGCUCGCAGUCAGCAACCGCUGUAACACGUAUGAAGGCAAAAGCACCUCAACAGGCUACUAUCCUACGGCAGUGCCACCGAGCACCAUCAACAUUGCCAACAUCACUUAG